AUGGCUGUUGCAGCAGCCGAGGUGAUGAUCUACAAUGAAAACCGCAAGAAAUGGCAAGCUCCGGAUGGUGCUGAAGGGCAGAUCUCGAGCAUCCCAAGUUCUGCACAAUGCUGUGCGGCAAACGAUGGUGCUUGGGUUAUAAACUGCAAUAUUCAUCAUAAACUCAAGUAUCAUACUGCCACGCCAACGUUCCAUCAGUGGCGGGACGAGCAGCGACAGGUGUACGGUUUGAACUUUUCAUCAGAAAAAGAAGCCCGAGACUUUGUCUCAGCGGUUGGUCAAGCGAUUGACUACCUUAACCAUCAGUUUGUUCACGGAGGAGAGUACCAGGUCCCA